GGUUCAGCAGCUGGUGUUUGUACGUGCAAGGGCGUGAAACUGGUCGGAAUCAUGCAAGGAGGAGACGAUGCGCUGAUCCGUGGUUGUCCUUUGACGUAUAAGAUAUAAAGAGCUGAAGAAUCACCAGUUGAAAUGAGUAACCAAGAGGCUGAUGUUCUACGUUGCUGGAGAUGUAGAAAAUAUAUAGCAAAUUCUGUUUGCCUUUCAAAAUGUCAUGAAAAAGAACUGUCUGAAACAUCGCAACCUUCAGCUGUUGCACAAGUGUCUUGCAACAUAUGGCAUGUGAACUUAGAAGCCAUUCCAGAGUGGGUGAAAUGUGUGAUUGAAAAGGCACAGUGGACAAUUGGAAAACUGCAUUGUCCAUUCUGUGAGGUCCGUUUAGGGGGCUUUAACUUUGUUUGCAACACAAAAUGUUCCUGUGGACAGUUUGUAAAUAUACAUUUCUGCAAAAGUCGGACUGACUAUCAGCCAGCUUUCUCUCUUAAAUUGGCAAAAUCAUCAGGAAAACAAUUCUCUCUCCUCAAAAUACAACCCAGUUUUAGCAAGGAUACCUGCCAAAAAGUGGUAAAUGCAGCUUUGGAAAUGAAAAAUCAAGGGCUUUCAUACAUGGCCAGGUAUAAUGAUGGUCCUGGAAGGUUAGCAGAAGCACUAUGUCUGGAAGCAAGAGCUCACAGAUUUGAAAUGAAAACUAAAAGACUUCCCUUAAGGUCAUUAAAUCAAAACAGAAAUCUUUCUACUUCCUCUCUCAUGAAUGAUGCAUACCUUUUAAAAGCUUUUCACAGAAGAUCAUGUAGUUUGGAUUUAAGUAUCAAGGAGAAAUCUGGUUUGUCACCUGCAUCAUAUGAAACUUGCAGUAUGGAAAUCUACCAUUGCCAAAAUCAAAGUCCUGUUGACACUCAAAGUGGCUUGCAAUUAAAGCCCAAGAGGAAAGAUGGUAGUUCUUUUCAGGACCUAUACAGUUCCAGUGCUGACAAACUACAAAAAAAGUUUCAAGUUACUUCUUUUACCACGUUACUACAUAGAGAAACAGAAAGUGAGUGUGAUUUUGAAGCUACUGGACAAUCUUCUGGGAGUGCCAUUGCUGAUGGGUCACCUUUUGUAAUUAACCUUUCUUCACCUGCUGUAGAAGAGGAACAACACAUCACACCUGUUGAGCUUGUGCAGCCUUUGAAUAUUUCUUUCAACAAAAAGCUGAGUAAGAGAGAAAGAAACAAGUUGAAAAGCUUGAGGAGAAAACAAAGAAGGCGAGAACAGUGGUUGCAGAAGCAAACUGUGAAUGAUAACCUGCACACAGAUGAUCAGCGUGAGCUCAGAGGAGAUAAAGAAAGCUAUAUUUGUGCAGUGUGCCUGGAUGUUUAUUUUAAUCCUUACAUGUGCUAUCCAUGCCACCACAUCUUUUGUGAACCUUGCUUAAGGAUGCUUGCCAAAGACAACCCAGCCAGCACUCCAUGUCCACUGUGUCGCACUACAAUUGCCAGAGUCUUCUUCCAAACGGAACUGAACAACUCUACCAAAUCUUUUUUCCCUAUGGAAUAUUUGAAGUUGAAAGAAAAUUUUCAAAAAUCAAAUUCUGCAAAAUGGCCUCUGCCAAGCUGCAAGAAAGCCUUCAGAGUAUUUGAAGCAGGUUUUCAAAGACGCACAGCUACUGUAACAAGGAGGCAUUUCCCACAUGCUGCUCACAGGAUGGACUACAUGGACUUUGAAGAUGAUAGCCGUGGAUGGCGGUUUGAUAUGGACAUGGUGAUAAUCUACAUUUAUUCAGUCAACUGGGUAAUAGGAUUUAUUGUGUUCUGUUUUCUUUGUUAUUUCUUUUUCCCUUUUUAGACUGUAGUAAUCACAGUUAAGGAAAACAGCAGUGAUGUGAACCACAGUAACGUAACUAGAAAAAGCAUGAAGAAGGCAAAAUAUUUGAUACCGCAUUUUUAUAAUUCAGAAUUGUAAUGGAUUGCAUCAAGCACACUGUGAGGCUGUUUGGUGCUUCUUCUAUUUGUGACAAAAUACUUGAGUUUGGUGGGAACAGGAUUUGCCCCUAAUGUAUAACAUAAUGCUCUUCAGAAAUAUAGAAUACUGCUUAUUCUUAGGGGAGUUCUGUGUAGUAUAACAGAGUGUGAUCCAUGGAGUCAUUCUGGGGUUUAACACACUGUUCUUACUCACUGGUGCUUCAAUUUCUCAUACAUAAAAGCAAUAAAGAUGUUUCCUAUUUAUACAUACAUCUUUUGGGAACAGAUUGUAAGCAUCACAGUUCUGCACCAUGCCUUAUGCAGACAUAUAUCAGAGCUAUUUCAAUUGUAUAAUCCAAAUCCUGGAAAAUUUUGACAAUUGAUAAGCCUGUCAGCAUUCUACUAUGAAGAUGUGCUGUACUCAGUGCCUAAAAUUUUGAGCUUAUUAACCAAAAAGAGAAAUAAGACUGCACAGUGCACUGACAGUUCAUCUUUUCAGAAAAUGGAAAUCAGAAGGAAUCAACAAACAACUCUAGGUUCUGCACAUUAAAGGGACCAUUUUUGUGAUUAUUCCCAGAGUAGCACUAUACCCUUUUUGAAGCAUCCAGAUGACUCCGUUUGGAUCCAGCAAGACAGCUAAUUGAGGGUAAGCAGGAGGCCUGCUGGCUGUGAUGCUGUGAGACACUAACCCCAGUAAAUACUGGAGAAAGAAGCAACCACCAGUGUAAGAAAUCAGUAUCAUUACGCAACUGCUGUAACGAGGAUACUCUCAAGUGUGGGCUCACCAGGUCUGCGGGUCUCCAAGGGGAUUACAUAAAAGGACACAGAAUUUAUUUGCACCUUUCAUGUGAACAAUUCUAAAGGACUUUAUAGUUAGUCUAUACAUAGAUUGCUGAGUUACAGUACCCAACUGCAGCCAGUUCAGCAAUCAUUCCGUACUUACUGCUUUACAGUCUUUUCAAAUGAAAGUGUGUCUGUUAAAUUGGUAAAAGGAUAUUAGAAACUAUUGGAGGAAUCAGGUGUUGAAGUGUGGUGCAAGGUAGUUCAGGGGCUUACUCUUCAGGAAGGUAGAAGGAAGUUUUUAUUUCUAAGGGCGUGACCCAGUGAGGUACACUGUGGUUUGAUCUAGAAAAGCAUGUGAGUAGAUCUAUGUAGUCCCUCUGGUAUCAUGAUUUGUGUGGGAGACCUGUGGUUUUCGAGUAGGUGGUGUACUCCCCUGUUCUAGCAGAGAACAAGGAGAAAUGUGUGAGGAAGGUGCCAUCUGCCAAAUGUGAUGGAAUUGAAUUAAUUCAAAGGGUUUAGAAAGCUUGUGCUUAUGCUUCUUUACUGGAGCAGGGCCAGCAUGGUCAGUCUCUUACAGGCUAUAAAGUGAUCAGGACCAGAAACUUCCCUUAAUCUGAAAAACAUCAGUAAAUCUGCUACUAAUAUUUAGUUUUCUUACCAGCUGUGUAAAAUAAUCUCUUUGAGAGUAUAUGUGUAGAAUUAAAAAUUACAAAUAUAAAUACACUGAUUACACUAAAUAACUUUUGCCAUAGUUUUUUAAUAUAUGCACAUUUAAAGGGAUAUAAUAAUUGAAGUUCACCAUCAUCACAUAGACAUGGUUGUGACAGAAAUGCAUUGUCUGUAAUUACAGUAUUUCUUGUUACUUCGUCCAAAGGCAACUGGCUCUAUUACUGGUGGCACUAGGCAUAAGGUUUAGUGAAUUUCCCCCUUUAUAUAAUUACCAAAAAAAUCUUCUAAAAGGUAGGUUUUUAGGUCAUAAGCUCAUGUUUUACUACAUGUAGAUGUGUAGGUUUCCAUGCUCAAAUAUUAUCAGUAAUUUUAUACAUUUUUCUCAUCUAUGCCAGGACUGGGAUGCUAACUGCAGGUUUUUUUCUUUGUCUCUGUACUCUUAUUAAUUUAUUCCUAUCUCAACAAAGAGAGCGACUGAUUCACCUGUUAAGUCAAAAUUGCUUCUAUCUUUUGAUCUUAGAAAAUACUAACAUAAAAAGAUGUCAUUCAAAAUUACUUGAACAUAGUUGACAUAGUUUGAAAUUCCAGUAAUAAUUUUAAUUUUAAAUUAUUUAACCAGGAUAUCUGAUAUGGCAAUAUCCUUAAGUAAAUAUUCCAAAAUAUAUUGUGAUGUAAACAUAAUAUAGGCACUAAUUAUAUACAAGAGUUGCUUAAAUAAUUGUUAAUAGAAUGUUGCCAUGGUUUUAUUCUGAAAAAGACAACAAAAGAGAAUAGAAAAUCCGGUGUAAUGCUGGCCCCUUGUAUACAUUUACAGCAAUAACUGAUGACUAAGGGUGGCUGCAUUUUCCUAAACGUAGUAGGAGUGACAAUUUUGUAUGGUAUUUCUGACUGUGUAGCUCUCUCUUUCUUCAAGACCUAAAUAAUAAACUGUUUCUUCAGCUACAUUGUUUUACUUUAUAUUGGCAUUAUUAAUUUCAGAGGACAAUUAGUUUUAUAAAUGUACAUAUUGAAGAGAGACAUCUUCCAUAGGAAAACUUUUAAAAAACAAAGGUUGGAGCUACAUUUUUGUCUUUUAUUACUUUUUUUGAGAUACCUACUUUUGUAAAAAUACAUUAACAAUUUGAAGGUUCAAAUUUGUUUUUUCUUAAAGUUUGCCUGUAAAAUGCUGUUGGUAUCUGUGGGAGCAAGAGCAGGUCCUUGUAAGCAAUUUUCUGGUUAAACUGAUUCUGCUUGGCAAGUUUGUCUUUCUUAUCUACAAUAGUAUUAAAAUGUUUGCAAUAAAAUCUGAG